AAAUGUACAUCCUCCCUCUGAGACUGCCUCACCUCUGUCCUCUCCCCCAUCUUCCUCUGAGGCCCUCCAGGCUGCAGGAGGGGGACCGGUAUCGGAGGAGGGAGAGGGCAGGCUCCCACAGGGAGCUCCUCUGGGCCUCAAGGGCCCUAGCACUUAGCUCUGCCCUGCUCAGCUCCCAGAACGUCAGCAAGGUUGCGCAAAAAGCAGGGAGGAGAGAAACACCAUACACAAGGGUGGGGGAAAGGUUAGGCACAGGAAGGCGUGGGAGAGCCAGCUGCCAGACCAUCCUGAUUUCCCCAAACACGCCAUUGUCUCCCCCCACACUCCGGGAAAACUGUUGGUGAAGUCCUAAGCAUCUCCUUCAAGAAGGGUCCUCCUGAGGUCACCUCAGCCAUCCCCCUGCCUCUGGGCAGGCUGUUUUCUCUAUUUCUUCCAAGCUGAAGGGCAUGAGCCUUUCUGCCAGGGAAACUGAGGCCUGAGGAGGAAGAGGGGCUUAGCGGCACCAGGACUGGGGGGUCGGGCAGGGGAUGAAGCCCAGCUGUGACUCCUGCCCUUGUGCUCCCACCUCCUUUUUGUCUGGUGUCCGGUGGGGGUGGCAGUGAUGUCACAGGUGUGGAGUGCCAGCCAUCUGCCGGGCACCAAGCAAAACAGCCAGGGCAAGUGUGUGCAUCAUCUGUGCCUGAGAAGGAAGGCCACCAAAAGAAGUGAGUCUGACGGAAAGACUUGGAAGAGGGAAGGGAGGCACCUUGCUGGCUGGGGGCGGAGAAGACCAGAAUAAAACUCUGCUGCAGCGAGGACUAGCAAGAGAAGGCCCAAGCUGGCACAGGGGAGGGAUGCCCCUCAUCAUCCCUACUCUGCUUCUCCCAAAGCUCGUAAAUGCCCCAGACAUGAGCCAGCCCAGGCCUCGCUACGUGGUAGACAGAGCCGCAUACUCUCUCACCCUCUUCGAUGACGAGUUUGAAAAGAAGGACCGGACAUACCCAGUGGGAGAGAAACUUCUCAACACCUUCAGAUGUUCCCCAGCUAAAGUCAAAGCUGCGGUGUUUGGGCUGCUCCCCGUGCUCUCCUGGCUUCCCAAGUACAAGAUCAAAGACUACCUGGUCCCCGACCUGCUUGGCGGCCUCAGCGGUGGAUGCAUCCAGGUCCCCCAAGGCAUGGCGUUUGCUCUGCUGGCCAACCUCCCUGCAGUCAACGGCCUCUACUCCUCUUUCUUCCCGCUCCUGACCUACUUCUUCCUGGGGGGCAUACACCAGAUGGUGCCAGGUACCUUUGCCGUUAUCAGCAUCCUGGUGGGUAACGUCUGUCUGCAGCUGGCCCCAGAGUCGAAAUUCCGGGUCUUCGACAAUGCCACCAAUGAGAGCUACGUGGACACAGCGGCCAUGGAGGCCGAGAGGCUGCACGUGUCAGCAACGCUAGCCUGCCUGACUGCCAUCAUCCAGAUGGGCCUGGGCUUCGUCCAGUUCGGCUUUGUGGCUAUCUACCUCUCCGAGUCCUUCAUCCGGGGCUUCAUGACGGCCGCUGGCCUGCAGAUCCUGAUCUCGGUGCUCAAGUACAUCUUUGGGCUGACCGUCCCCUCCUACGCAGGCCCAGGGUCCAUUGUCUUUACCUUCAUUGACAUCUGCAAAGGCCUCCCCGACACCAACAUCGCCUCGCUCAUCUUCGCCCUCAUCAGCGGUGCCUUCCUGAUGCUGGUGAAGGAACUCAAUGCUCGCUACAUGCACAAGAUCCGCUUCCCCAUCCCCACAGAGAUGAUUGUGGUGGUGGUGGCAACGGCUAUCUCCGGGAGCUAUAAGAUGCCCAAAAAGUAUCACAUGCAGAUUGUGGGAGAGAUCCAACAUGGGUUCCCCACUCCCGUGUCGCCUGUGGUUUCUCAGUGGAAGGAUAUGAUUGGCACAGCCUUCUCUCUGGCCAUUGUGGGCUACGUCAUCAACCUGGCUAUGGGGAGGACCCUGGCCAGCAAACAUGGCUAUGACGUGGAUUCUAACCAGGAGAUGAUUGCCCUGGGCUGCAGCAACUUCUUUGGCUCCUUUUUUAAAAUCCAUGUCAUUUGCUGUGCUCUUUCCGUCACUCUGGCUGUAGAUGGAGCUGGAGGAAAAUCCCAGGUGGCGAGCCUGUGUGUGUCUCUGGUGGUGAUGAUCACCAUGCUGGUCCUGGGAUCCUAUCUGUACGCCCUCCCCAAGUCUGUGCUAGGAGCCCUGAUAGCUGUCAACCUCAAGAACUCCCUCAAGCAACUUGCCGACCCCUACUACCUGUGGAGGAGGAGCAAGCUGGACUGUUGUAUCUGGGUGGUGAGCUUCCUCUCCUCCUUCUUCCUGAGCCUGCCGUAUGGUGUGGCGGUGGGUGUCGCCUUCUCCGUCCUCGUCUUGGUCUUCCAGACCCAAUUUCGAAAUGGCUACGCUUUGGCCCAGGUCCUGGACAGUGACAUUUAUGUGAAUCCCAAGACCUACAACAGGGUCCAGGAAAUCAAAGGGGUCAGGAUUGUCACUUACUGCUCCCCUCUCUACUUUGCCAACUCGGAGAUCUUCAGGCAAAAGGUCAUUGCCAAGACAGGUGUGGACCCCCAGAAAGUGUUGCUCGCCAAGCAAAAGUACCUCAAGAGGCAGGAGAAGAGAAGGAUGCCCACACAACAGAGGAAGUCUCUAUUCAUGAAAACCAAGACUGUCUCCCUGCAGGAGCUGCAGCAGGACUUUGAGAACGCCUCCCCGACCGACCCCAACAACAACCAGACGCCUGCUGAUGGUGCCAGUGUGUCAUACAUCACCUUCAGCCCUGACAGCUCCCCGGCUGCCCACUGUGAGCCACCAGCCGCUGCGGAGAUCCCCAUUGAACCCAGUGACAUGCUGGCCAGUGUCCCACCCUUUGUCACCUUCCACACCCUCAUCCUUGACAUGAGCGGGGUCAGCUUUGUGGACUUGAUGGGCAUCAAAGCCCUGGCCAAGCUGAGCUCCACUUACGGGAAGAUCGGCGUGCAGGUCUUCUUAGCGAACAUUCACGCCCAGGUGUACAAUGACAUCAGCCACGGAGGCGUCUUUGAAGACGGGUGUCUACAGCGCAACCACGUCUUUCCCAGCAUACAUGAUGCCGUCCUCUUUGCCCAGGCCAACGCCAGAGAAGUGGCCCCAGGACGUGACUUUCAAGGGGCUGCAGUGGACCCCGAGCUCUCCUUGGAUGGCUCCGAGGACAGCCCCAGCUACUGGGACUUAGAGCAGGAGAUGUUCGGGAGCAUGUUCCACUCAGAAACCCUGACCGCCCUGUGAGGGCCCAGCCAGCCCCAUGCUGCCUGCGGAGCCUGGCACCCGGAACUUCCGCGGAGGCUGAGCCUGCGAUUGUGGGAGUGGUGGGAGGAGGAGAGCGCCUCCUCCGGGACUUCAGCCCCCUCCGUCCUCCUGUCUCUCCUCCUCUCUCCUUGCCUGUCGUCUCUAGAGCAGGCUGAUCUCAGCAGCGAGGAGAGCCACCUCUCCAGUCUGCUGUAGACCCUCAGGGCCCUGGCCAGCCGUGAGCAAGCCUCUUCUCCCUCCACCGCACCCACCCAUGCCCUGCCAUGGCAGCUGGGCCCCCCGACUGCCGGACUUUAAGAGUGAGCCAAGAACAGAAGGGAAAGCACGACUGUGCUCGCCUGGAGUAGAAGCUUCGAAAGUGUCCUUGGGCCUGCUUUGUGUCAGAUGAUGUCACGCUGUCACAGGACAUAGGCACGCACUUGCUUGGGACUCUGUGGCUUGCCCUCUCCAGCUGCCCCCGCUCUCUCCCUGGCAGCUCUGCACCCCUGGGACUAUGUACUCCCCACAACCCAGAAAUCUCUGUCUUGGGGACUGUGCCCCCUUCCUCCUCAUCUGAAGGCUGCCAAGACCUCACUGCUAUUCGGCACAUCAGGUUCUAGCCUGGGGAGUGGCCAGGGCCCUCAGGGUCACCAGAGCUGCCUCCCAGGGGCAGCCCAACAAGGUAGUCACCCCAGCCUCCUGAAACAUUAUCACUCUGCCUGCCCGCAGGGGCUGCUCCUUUCCACUGGAGACUGGGGAGGAGCCCAAAAGGUAUAGGGAGUAGCAGGCAGAAUCCUCUGGCAACCUAGCAACAGAUACCAGUUUUUCUGCACAGAAGCUUUUUAGGAAUCUCUCUUUGUACCUGGGACUUGGAGGGGGAGGGGGUGCCAGUGCCGACCCAGGGCAAACUGGCGGGACCUGGGCCCUGACAGUCCCCCGACCUCGGAAAUGCCUUCUCCACUUGGGAAAUGUGCCUUGACCUGGCACAGAACCAAUGAUUUUAACUCUCCAUGAUCAGCUUUGGGCCUGAAUCCUUCAGCUAGACAAGAGAAAAAGCUCCCCAAGGACCAGCUGCAUCCCCCAGCUAGGUGCAGAACGGGGUCUUCCUCCACAGGAUUCCUGAACACACUCAGGACCUGAGGCCCUCUUCUUCUACGAAAGAUGAGAAGAGGGGUUCAGUUCUCCAUGUAUAUAAAUAAGAUGGUAACUAGAGGAACCCCCUUGUUGACUUGAAAAUAAAUAGGUUCCAUGUUCAACUGUUUGGGAAAUUUUCAUAGAAGUGUGCAGAAAACCUUCUGGCCUCUCCCCACUGCUUCCCCUGAGCUCCUUCAACUGCAUGAUCCCGGCCCAACAGGUUGGGCUGGCUCAACCUGGAAAAACGUCCCAAUUCCCAACUUCAGCCUGACCUGCAUUGUGUGUCUGAGUGUUGAGUGAGCUGGUCAGCUAGCAGGUCUUCUUAGAGUUAAAGGAGCGGGCGCUGGCAAUGAUCCAACAGAUUCUUGGCCUCCGAGCAUUGCUUCUCUGUGAAUUCAUUAUGCCAUCUGGCUGCCAAUGGAACUCAAAACUUGGAAGGCAGAAGACAAUGUUAUCUGGGAUUCACCGUGCCCAGCACCCGAAGUGCCAAAUUCCAGGAGGACAAGAACCUAAGCCAAUGACAACUCGCCCUCCCCCAUUCCACCUCCUUCAAAGUCCAGCUCAGGCCCAGGAGGUGGGGGACGUCACAGAGCCUCAGGACAUCCAAGUCAGAGGUGCCCUUUGAAUCAAGUGUCUAGAACCCCUGAGGACUUGAUGAAGUGACCAUUAAUCCCCAGGCCAGUCCCAGACCUGAAGGAGAUUGCUGACUCACCGUGGCCCAGAGCGGGGGCUCAAGGAGGCUUCCCGAAACAUGUCCAAGGGUGUAAGUACUCACAGAGCCCACAGUGGAGGUAAGAUUGGAAACACAUGGUGUUGGGCAGACAUUAAAGAAAACUUCGCUGUUAGAAUAUUUUAGAAAGAACACACAAAAAAAUCACACAGACCACUCUCUGGACAUGAUUGAGGCAGGAAAGGAGGGCAAGGUAGUGAAAUAAUCCAGAAUUUCAAUACUUUUGAAUGUUCUCAGUGAUACUGACCUGUGAUGACAUGGUUCCCAGGGAAGACGGGGACUCUUGAGAUAUUUGUGUAAUUUAUUUAAUUUAAACGCCAUUCUCUUUUUGUUCAUUUUGGUAAUAAAGUGGUUUUGAAAUGUGAA